AUGGAGCGGUAUGAAGUUUUGGAGCAGAUUGGGAAAGGCUCCUUUGGCUCUGCUCUUCUUGUCAGGCACAAACAAGAACGAAAGAAAUACGUCUUGAAAAAGAUUCGUCUCGCUCGCCAGUCUGAUAGGGCUCGCCGAUCAGCUCACCAGGAGAUGGAGCUCAUUUCUACUGUCCGCAAUCCAUUUGUUGUCGAGUACAAAGACUCAUGGGUUGAGAAGGGUUGCUAUGUCUGCAUCGUUAUUGGAUUUUGUGAAGGCGGAGACAUGACAGAAACCAUCAAAAGAGCUUUUGGUGUCCAUUUUCCUGAAGAGAAACUAUGCCAAUGGCUUGUUCAACUCCUAAUGGCACUCGACUAUCUUCACUCCAACCAUAUCCUUCACCGCGAUGUCAAGUGUUCUAAUAUAUUCCUGACAAAAGAUCAAGACAUACGGCUUGGUGACUUUGGCCUCGCUAAGAUUCUCACUUGCGAUGACCUUACCUCAUCUGUUGUUGGGACUCCAAGUUACAUGUGCCCUGAGCUUCUUGCUGACAUACCUUACGGAUCAAAGUCAGACAUUUGGUCUUUGGGAUGCUGCAUGUAUGAAAUGGCUGCUCAUAAGCCUCCAUUCAAAGCUACUGAUGUGCAGACAUUGAUCAGCAAAAUACACAAACUGAUAAUGGAUCCGAUUCCUGCCAUGUACUCCGGUGCAUUCCGAGGCCUCAUCAAAAGUAUGCUGAGGAAGAAUCCUGAACUCAGGCCAAGUGCAAGCGAGCUGCUUAACCAUCCUCAUCUUCAGCCUUACAUGAGCAUGGUUUACAUGAAGCUUGAGUCUCCCAGACGAAGCACUUUCCCACCCCAAUGGUCUGAAACGGGCGCCAGAGUAGUCAAGGAAAGAAGGCGUUCCUUUAGCAACGACAGGAGAUUGAAUCCGAGUGCCUCUGAUACAGAAGCAGGCUCUGUGUCUUCUUCCGGAAAAGCGUCUCACUCACCAAUGUUUAACGGAAGAAAAGUCUCACAAGUAACCGUUGGAGUCGUCAGUGAAGAGAUCGUUGCGAAUAAGCAAUCAGGUGCAGCCAGAACACCGAGAGUGGGUGGGACCUCAGCUAAAGCAUCUGUCAUGUCGAGCACGCCUCGUACUGUCUCCAAACAUGAACUGAAUCCUACUACAGACAGAGGGAGAAGAACAUCUCUUCCAUUACUUGUGGAAGACCCUUACAGUUACACUUAUAAGCCGGAUGUCACUGCUCUUUGCGGCCUAAAUUCACCGGAUGUUUCUGUGAACGCUCCAAGAUUCGACAAAAUCGUUGAAUUCCCUGACGAUAUCUUGCACUUGCGGAACAGAGAGACAGACUCGAGAGCAGUAGCUUUGAGGCGCUCUUCCUUUUCUUCUCCUCCUCCUCCUUCUCUGCCUCCUCAGGAAAAGUGUACUGUAGAGACAAGGUCAGCUUCGGAGGUGAAACAGAGGAGGUUCGACACGUCAUCGUAUCAGCAGCGUGCGGAGGCUCUGGAGGGAUUGCUGGAGUUCAGCGCAAGGCUUUUGCAGCAGGAAAGGUACGACGAGCUUGGCGUUCUCCUCAAACCCUUCGGUCCCGAGAGAGUCUCUCCCAGGGAGACCGCCAUCUGGUUGACCAAGAGCUUCAAAGAAGCUUCCGUCUAG